AAAAGUUUGCGCUUGUUGGCGUAUUUCACACAGUUCCUGUUUCGGAAUGUGUUGGUGUCCGGGGUCCGCGCUCCGUCCAACGACAGCGGGCUUUCCGACCUCCUGUGACCGGCUCUCGUUCUCCGCUAAGUUGGCCUUUUUUUUUUUAGAAUAGGUCGUGAACGGUAGCGUGAGCUUUUUAUGGAGUUUAUAUAUUCUAUCACGGGCAGCGGGGCUGUCAGAGUCAGGGACGCAAUCUCCCAGAGGCUGUGGCCUGGACCCGCACCGGGGACCCCGGAAACCCCCGAGCACCAUGCCGGAACCACCUGCGACUCCAACCCAGAUACCGGCCAGAAGAAGACUCCGGAGAAGAAGGAUGGGAGGCGCAUGUCGUUCCAGCGACCCAAAGGGACCGUUGAAUUUUCUGUGGAAUCGCGGGACACGCUGAACAGCAUUGCGCUCAAGUUUGACACCACACCCAACGAACUGGUUCAGCUGAACAAGCUGUUCUCCAGAGCAGUGGUUCCUGGCCAGGUUCUGUACGUUCCUGAUCCUGGGUACAUCUCCAGUGUUGGAAGCUCCCCCUCCCUCAGUCCCAUCAGCCCCCUCUCUCCCACCUCCUCAGAAGCUGAUUUAGAGAAAGUGACGGACUCUGAUGGCCCCCCCAGACCAGAAGGCGUUCACCCCCCGGUGUUCUCCGCCUUGCGCCAGUCCAGAGUGGUGUCAUCCACCUCCCAGGAGGAGGAGGCCCUCACAGAGAAGUUCCUCAAGAUCAACUGCAAGUACAUCACCGGUGGCAUGGGUGCGGUGAGCGGGGUGUUGCUGGUGACGCCCAACAACAUCAUGUUUGACCCUCACCGGAUGGACCCACUGGUUCAAGCCCAUGGGUGCGAGGAGUACGGCAUCAUGUGUCCCCUGGAGGAGGUGCAAUCUGCUGCCAUCUGCAAGGAGAUCACCGACCCCAAGAUCAGAGAGGCUGUGCCCGAUGACCUGGAGCCUCUUCCCACUGAGAGACAUCCCUCCCAGAAGGAGCCAGAGCAGCGCCUUAGGGAGCCGGGGGCCAACGACAGCGGCAGCACGGCCCCGCGCAUCAUCGAGGGCUCCCUCUCCGAAGACGUCUUCACCGAGACGGAGCUGUCCCCCAUCCGCGAGGAGGAGCAGGCGUCUAACGAGGACCUCCGCCUGUACAAGUCGUCGGGCGCGUCCACGGAGUCUGUGCAGAGCGUCACCCGGGUGGAGGCCAGCAGUGCCAUGUCCCAGGCCCCAGGCAAGGCCAGUCAGCCGGAGGAGAGCGCUGCGGCAAAAGCAGAGGACAAUCCACCAGGCACUGCCACAGAGAACGAUAGCCAGUCCCCCAUGAGAUCCAAGCAGCACAGUGAAGAGAAGCCACCAAGCACACCAAGCACACCCACCACCACCAGCAGCAGCACUAGCCAGGCCCAGGGCCCCAGCAGCAGCAGCACCUCUCGCCCGGGCUCCCAAAGCUCCGCCACCCCUUGUGCCGCAGACACCAUCUCUGUCGCAGCCAGUCCAACGAAGUCCAACGAAGCCAACGAGGGGACAGACGUGCCCAAAACGAACACUAUGCAACAGGGCAAAGAGGAAAAGGAGAAUGUAGAGCAGACACCAAAGGAUGGCACGCAGAACUCUGCAGAAGGUACAGGGUCUGCAGAGAGACGGAAGCACCCCUCUCACAAGUUCCUGUGUCUGCGGGUGGGGAAGCCCAUGAAGAAGACGUUCAUUUCUAACGCCAGCGCCUCCAUGCAGCAGUACGCCCAGCAGGGCAAGAAGCACGAGUACUGGUUCGCUGUGCCGCAGGAGAGGUCAGACCACCUGUACGUGUUCUUCAUGCAGUGGAGCCCGGACAUGUACGGUGAGGGGGUCAGGGGGAUGGGACAAGAGCCCGGGUUUAUGGUUGUCAAGAAGAAUGAGGUGUCAGAAACAGCUGAGGACGAGCCAAUCACUGACCUCAAUGUCAAGGAGUGGGAGGUAGUGUCUCUGACGGAGUACCACCGUCGGAUUGAUGCACUAAACAGUGAAGAUCUACGUUCGCUCUGCAAACGACUCCAGAUCACCACCAAGGAAGAGGUGAACUCCAAGCAGGGCACGUCCAUCAAGACGGAGCUGGAGCCAGAAACGUUCAAACCCAACCUCCGAGAAUCCAGUGAUCUCCUGGAGGCCGACCAGAUAGAGAAGCUUGCCAGGAAUCUCCCACCUCGGACCAUUGGGUACCCAUGGACGCUGGCCUUUGGCACAUCAAAGCAUGGCAUGAGCAUUAAGAGUCUGUACAGAGCCAUGCAGGGCCAGGACACCCCGGUGCUCAUGGUUAUUAAGGACAGCGAUGGCCAGGUGUUUGGUGCGUUGGCGUCGGAGCCCUUUAAAGUCAGCGAUGGCUUUUAUGGCACAGGAGAGACCUUCCUCUUCAGCUUCAACCCAGAGUUUGAGGUGUACAAAUGGACUGGGGACAACAUGUUCUUCAUGAAGGGAGAUAUGGACUCCUUAGCUUUUGGUGGAGGAAGCGGUGAGUUUGGCCUGUGGCUGGACGGAGACCUCUACCACGGCAGGAGUCACUCCUGUAAAACAUUUGGGAACCCCAUGCUCUCGAAAAAGGAGGAUUUCUAUGUUCAGGACAUAGAGAUCUGGGCGUUUGAGUAACGGAACAGUGAACCACAGGGAAGAAAAAAAAAAAAAAACAAGUCCUGCAAA